AUGUCUAAUACAAUUCAAGCAGGUUCAGUUCAUGGAUUAACAAAAUCGAUCACCAUUAGCACUGCAGUUUUGGAACUGCUUAGGCUUCAAGGCUUAUUAGAUCUCAAUUUCUCCAACGCCGCAACUGUUCCAUUAACUAGAUAUACAAUUCCCUAUUUCAUUCGUCAAGAUAGAAAGGAUAAACAAAGAUUAAUUAACGUUUUCAAUGGGGGUGGAGAACAAGUUUACACAUUUGAAAGAUUAUCUUCUCUAAAUCCAGUUUGGAGAAUGUUGACUUUCCCACAAAGAGAAGAAGUGGCAACUAUUAUGAUCGGUCUAACUUCUAGAUCAGUUGACUUCCACAAUAAAGAAGAAUUAUGCCACAGAGAUAUUUUCCUUGAUUGGGGUAAAAGUGGGAAAUAUAGGUCUUUCUAUCUUAAUGAUGGAUAUAAGUAUUCCUGGUCGACUUCAACUAAGUAUUUAGAAUGGGUUGUUAAUCCAGGAUGUGGGCCCGAAGAGAAGAGAAUUAGAAUCGCAAAAGCGAGACUUAUGAGACAAUUUAAGGUUGAUUUUGAAAUUCUGGUUGAUGAAGAGAAUAUUGAUCCAGAGAUUGUAUUAGCUACUGCUUUAAUUUCGAUAUUUACUCAAUGGGGAACUGGAAGCUUCACUGAUACUAAUGGUCCAACUUGUCCCUCCCCAGAACCGGAACAUCCGAUCACUCGUCCAGGCCCAUCUCCGGGUCCAGGUGAUGGACCAAUCAAUCGUGACCCACCUAUCACUUUGGUGAUUGAAAAUGGAGGAGACGAAACAAAUUUAGAAGUUUUUACAAACUAA